GAGACGAAGCUUCGACCGAGGUGUCUACAGCAGGACAAAGGAAGAAUGCCAGCAAGAACACGGCAUGAAUAUGCUGAAGUCUCAUGCAAUGCAGGUAAAUGCAAUAAUCCUUUCAAAAAUUUGAGACUUCAUAAGAUGGAGGGACCAGAAUCUGAUCUGUGCGCUGAGCAUUUCUGUGAAGUGGACGAGGACUCCAAUGAGAAAAUGAAGCAGUUGCAGGGCUAUAUCGAGAUGGUUCAGCAGAUUGUGAAACCCGGGUGCUCUCCAGAGAUGGUGGAGGUGGCAUUGCGUUCCAUGGCCUCCCUUGUCGAAUUCCUUUCCUCUGUAUCCUCCAAGCCGGAGCUUGUUUCUUCACUUUAAAUUGCAAAUUUGGUGCUGCCAGUUAAAAAGAAUAUGCAGCUACAAAAGUUGGGGUGUCUCUGGGUGUAUAUAGCUCGACACACGAACCACUGAAGAGGGCGGAAAGCUGAACAGUGCAUUGGUGGGUGAGAGAAUCGGUUGUAGGUUGACAGUUGGAGCAGGGAAGGAAAUUGGCAUGUGUAUUAGCUGCAAUGUGGUUAAAUUCAGUCAAGUAUCAAAGUGCAUGAAGCUUAAGAGAUGGCUUGUUGCAUGAAUAUUGGGUAUGAGGAAUUAAAUUCUCCUUGAAGUCGUAUCAGACUUCAGCAA